AUGGCCGUCAUCACCAGCGUCCCCCGCGGCGACGUCACCGCCACCCUAAACUACUACACCGCCCCCGCCGACGGCUCCCAGCCCUACAACCUCGUCGGCGACGACCACCCCUCGGACCUCCCGCGCCGCAACUACGGCGACGACUUCCACGACGUCGUCAUCCACGACAUCCGCGGCCGCGAGGCCGACUUCACCCUCGACCGCGACGCCUUCCAGCUCGUCCAGAACGUCCCGCCCUCCGCAGAAAGGGACUUUGUCGACGACGAGUCCAUCAAGAAGAACUACUACCCCGAGGUCGAGCAGCUGCUCCUGCAGCAGAUUCCCGGCGCCGACAAGAUCUACAUCUUUGACCACACCAUUCGGCGGUCGAGCCCGGAUGCCCCGCGGAGCCCCGUCCUGCGCGUGCACAUUGACCAGACGGCCGCCUCUGUCGAGAAGCGCGUGCGGCGAUACUUUCCCGACGAGGCGGACGACCUCCUGCGGAACAAGCGCUACCGCAUCGUCAACGUCUGGCGCACGCUCAACAAGAACCCCGUGGAGGCGAACCCGCUCGCCGUGGCGUCGACGUCUACCCUCGAGGACAAGGACGUGAUUCCCAUUUCGCACCGCUACUCGGAUGGGUACAUCGGCGAGACGGCCGCCAUCAACUAUAACCCUGGCCAGAAGUGGUAUUACGCGAGCGGCAUGACGGGGGACGAGAGGCUCUUGAUUGAGUGCUUUGAUAGCGAGUCGCUCAAGCCCGGGUCCAAGAUUGGGGGCAGGGUGCCGCAUACUGCGUUUAAGGAUCCUAGGACGAGGGAGGAUGCUGAGGGGAGGGAGAGCAUUGAGGUGAGGGCUUUGGUGUUUGGCAACUAG